CCGGCAUCCUUCCCGCAAGCACGUAUCUGUCAUGGCUUCAAGGUUACUGUUCCGCAGGGCCGUCCAGGCUGUCACUAGGGUCGGGGCUGUGAGACUGGCGGCUCCAUCCCGGUGCAUGUCUGCUGGAGGCAUUCCAACGGAUGAAGAGCAAGCCACAGGUCUAGAAAAGAAGGUCAUGGCCGCCAUAAAGAAGGGCACUGAUCCCUACAGCAUUGAGAAACCACAGCAGUAUGCCGGGACCAAAGAGGAUCCUCAUAUUGUCCCUUCUAUAACAAACAAGAGGAUUGUCGGCUGCAUCUGUGAAGAAGACAACACCGCUGUUAUCUGGUUCUGGCUGCAUGAGGGAGAAGCCCAGCGCUGCCCAUCCUGUGGCUCCCACUACAAGCUUGUACACCAUCAUCUCCCCCAUUAACCGGCACUGUAGCUUGCUGUUUGUCUUUUAUUCCAAGUUUACACUGUCCUGUGUACUGUAUAUUUUGGCGUGGGACCAUGAAUAAAGUCAGCUGUCCAGCCCUCACA